GCCUCCUCCACCGUCCAUGUGUCGUACAUCGCAGUUUGAGGGGUCAUCUGUGUCCACUAAAAGAUCCAGAGUGAAACUGCUGUCCAAGUAUCCUUGCCACACACGGCAUGGUAUGUCUGUGGCCGUGGACACAGCUUGGCAGAAAAAAGCACACACAUUCUUCAUGACUACCGAUAAGACAAUAAGGAAGAAAGUUGUUAAGACCAAUGUAUGGCAUUGAACUUGUGGUGUUUGUAAUUGGUGGCGGCGCAAAAGGCCUGGACUCAAAGUCCGCCCACACAGAUGUGUUCGUAACCAUGUUGGAAGUGCAAGAGCCAUGGAGGCUACUAGUGGAGUUCAGGGAGUAAAGGAACUGAUGCAGGAGGGGACACCAGUAUAGUAUUAGGAGGGUGAUGGUGACAAUACUCUCAUUUCUAGAUUAAAAACAGAACUGAAUGUAGACAUGAAGAAGAGAUUUGACAAAAAUCAUGUGGUUAAAAUCUUUACAAAAAGCUUGUAUAUUAUGUCCAAAGAAAAAAACCAUCAAACUCAGUAAGAACACUAUUAUUCAUUUAGAAAAUUGUUUAAAGUAUGUUUUUGCCAAGAACCAGGGCAACGAAAAGGACAUGAAAGCUAAUCUAGAAGCCAUUGUGCCUUAUCAGUUUGGUGACCAUAGUCACUGUGAUUCAAGAUUCUGUGGGUACAAAAGAAAACCUGGUGAAAAGUAUGUCCAUCGCAGUUUGCCAUAUAAGUGCCAACUCAAAGAUAAGGUAUUAAGACAGAGGCUUGAAAAGGUGUUCAGUCCUUUGAUAAACAAUGCAAAGCAGUACAUUGAUCUUGGCUCAAGCCAACAGUGUGAACAUGCAAACAAGGAAGUUUCACAGAGAGCACCAAAAAGUCAUCACUACGGCAACUCUGCAAGUUUGGAGUAUCGUGUUCAGGCAACUGCAGCGUUCAUCAAUGAUGGAAGACAGUACAUUUAUAAGACUUAUUCAAAGAUGGGUUUGUCCCCUGGGGCACACACAGUCACGUAUGCCACGAAAUGUAUGAAGCGGCGCCUUGACAAGCUGCAGAUGGCUAGCUUACGUUCAUCCAAACGUAGACGACUGGUGCUGAAACAAGAGCGCUCUAUAAAUCAGGGUGCAGGGGAAUAUGUACAAGUCUGGUAUAGCGCAUGAAGACAGCCCCGACACAGAGCAAAUACCAGAUACGAUACCAAAGGGAAUCUUCAAACCAGUAAUCUUGCCAGGGAAACCGACAAUUAUUACAUUUGACCUAGAAACUACAGGACUCAUUGAAGGAAGGGUACUCCCGCAUGUGACUCAGAUUGCAGCAGUGGAACUCCAGUCUGGUAGUCAGUUUGCAACAUACGUCACACCAACAGUUCCAAUAAGUCUAGAGGCUUCACAAGUCACAGGCAUUUCAAUGACUGAUGGGACGAUG